UUCCUCCUCGCGGCCCCGCCCCGGCCCGGCCCAGCCGCGCGUCCCUCCCGCUGCCGAGCCCCGGCGCCCAGGCAAGGAGCCGACAGACGGGCGGACGGACGAGCGGACAAGGGGACUCACGGGCAGCGCGGGCGCGGGGCCUCGAGGAGCAGGUGUGGGCUGGGUACUAGGCCCUGGACUCAGGCCGCAAGGCUGCCCUUCCAUCGCCAGCCACCACCGAGGACGCCAUGAGCCAGCUGGGGUCCGUGAGCUGUGGCCCAGGUGCUGCCAAUGGCAGCCUGGGCCGGUCUGACGGUGUGGCCAGGAUGAGUGCCAAGGACCUGUUUGAACAGAGGAAGAAGUACUCCAAUUCCAACAUCAUCAUGCAUGAGACCUCCCAGUACCACGUCCAGCACCUGGCCACGUUCAUCAUGGACAAGAGUGAGGCCAUCGCGACGGUGGAUGACGCCAUCCGUAAACUGGUGCAGCUGAGCUCCAAGGAGAAGGUCUGGGCCCAGGAGAUGCUGCUGCAGGUCAAUGACCAGUCUCUGCGGCUGCUGGACGUGGAGUCGCAGGAGGAGCUGGAGAACUUCCCGCUGCCCACCGUGCGGCACAGCCAGACGGUGCUGAACCAGCUGCGGUACCCCUCCGUGCUGCUGCUCGUGUGCCAGGACUCCGAGCAGAGCAAACCCGACAUCCACUUCUUCCACUGCGACGAGGUGGAGGCGGAGCUGGUGCACGAGGACAUCGAGAGCGCGCUGGCCGACUGCCGUCUAGGGAAGAAGAUGCGGCCGCAGACCCUGAAGGGCCACCAGGAGAAGAUCCGGCAGCGGCAGUCCGUCCUGCCAGCCCCCAAGGGCCCAGCCCCCAUCCCCUUCCAGCGCUACGGCAGUGACGCCCCGUCCACCAAGAACCGUGUGGGGCCGCCGAUGCCCCUCCCUGAGCCAAGCUUCCGUCGUCGGGAGUCGCUGGACGAGGAGCCGCGCGCAGUGCUGGCUCAGAAGAUUGAAAAGGAAACGCAAAUCCUCAACUGUGCCCUGGACGACAUUGAGUGGUUCGUGGCUCGGCUGCAGAAGGCGGCAGAGGCUUUCAAACAGCUGAACCAGCGCAAGAAGUGGAAGAAGAAAGGGAAGAAGGGGCCCGCAGAGGGUGUCCUUACGCUGCGUGCACGGCCCCCCUCUGAGGCCCAGUUCAUCGACUGUUUUCAGAAAAUCAAGCUGGCUGUCAACCUGCUGGCCAAGCUACAGAAGCACAUUCAGAACCCCAGUGCUGCAGAACUCGUGCACUUCCUCUUUGGACCUCUGGAACUGAUCGUCAGCACCUGUGGGGGCCCAGACAUCGCACGCUCCGUCUCCAGCCCCCUGCUUUCCCGCGAGGCCGUGGGCUUCCUGCGAGGCCACCUAGUCCCCAAGGAGAUGACGCUGUGGGAGUCACUGGGGGAGAUGUGGACACGCCCCCGCUCGGAGUGGCCACAGGAGCCACAGGUGCCCCUCUACGUGCCCAAGUUCCACAGCGGCUGGGAGCCACCCCUGGACGUGCUGCAGGAGGCUCCCUGGGAAGUGGAAGGGCUGGCGUCUGCCCCCGACGAUGAGCCGACUCUGGUGAACCGACCAUCCUUUCGAAACUCCCCCAAACACAGCCUUGUAUCUGAGCCCACAGCUCCACCACCGGGAGACCCUCUCCCCCCAGUCAGCUCCCCGCAUGCUCACAGGGGCUACGAACCUGGGCCAGCCAUGACCAAGUAUGUCAGGAUCCUCUAUGACUUCACAGCCCGCAACGCCAACGAGCUGUCGGUGCUCAAGGACGAGGUCCUGGAGGUGCUGGAGGAUGGCCACCAGUGGUGGAAGGUUCGUAACCGCAGCGGCCAGGCGGGCUACGUGCCCUGCAACAUCCUGGACGAGACUCGGCUGGAGGAUGCACCCCAGGAGCAGGCCAGUCUGAAAUAUUGGGGUCCUGCCAGCCCCACCCACAAGCUGCCCCCAAGCUUCGCAGGGAACAAAGACGAGCUGAUCCACCACAUGGAUGAGGUCAACGACGAGCUCAUCAAGAAGAUCAGCCACAUCAAGGCGCAGCCGCAGCGGCACUUCCGCGUGGAGCGCAGCCAGCCGGUGGGCCUGCCGCUCACCUACGAGUCGGGCCCGGAAGAGGUCCGCGCCUGGCUGGAGGCCAAGGCCUUCAGCGCCCGGAUCGUGGAGAACCUGGGCAUUCUGACGGGGCCCCAGCUCUUCUCGCUCAACAAGGAUGAGCUGAAGAAAGUGUGCGGAGAGGAAGGUAUCCGCGUGUACAGCCAACUCACCGUUCAGAAGGCGGUCCUGGAGAAGCAGCAAGGUGGGUCGGAGCUGGAGGAGCUCAUAAGCAAGUUUCAUUCAAAGACCCAGAGGAGGGUGGAGGAAGACAGCUAGACCUGGCCGGCAGGGCCCAGCGCAUCUGCGGCAGGGGGAGACGGAGACGCGCCUGCGAAGGGGCCCACCCCCAGUGCAUGGAGUAUUAUUUUUGUAUGUGUGUAUAUUUUGGACCAUGGACACGGGUUGUGGGUGGUGCUGGCUGGGAGCAGCUCACCUGCCUCAUGGCACGUGGCCUGUCCUCAGGCUCAGCAGGGCCUCAGCCCACACGCAUCUGCCUGCCCCAAGGCCCACCUCCGCCAAACUAGCCCCCCGGAGAUGCCAGCCCCUCAAGCACCUGCCGCUGAAGCCAGAGCUGUGGCUUUUUCAGCCCCGCCCAUCCCCCUUCCUGGCUGUCAUGACACCUCUCCCUGAGACCACAGACCCCUCAGGAGGUGGGCAGGGACUUAUCCUUGGGCCUCCCAUCCACAUGGGGGUUCCUCCUGGCACUUGUGACCCAGGCCCCAAAGCUCACCCCCACAGCUGCUCCUUCUCCACGCACCUGCACCUCCAUACCUCUGGGUGGGCUGUGGGCCAGAAGGGCAGCCGACCUCAGCCAACCUGGGCUCUGAGCUGGGCCUUACCCCAGAUAUCGCCCAUAGGGCCCCCCAGUGCACUGCUCCUCAGGGUGGCCUCGGGGGGCUUCAGGCUCCCCUGGGUGGGGGUGCAUGCUAUAUUUUCUCCACACUUGGACUGGACAUAUACUCAUUCAAGUAUGGCCUUAGACACCACCCCCCCAUACACACGCCCAAGGCAGAGCUCAAGAAAGGAACUUUCUCCAACCGGGUCUAAGGCCAGGCUUGCCCUGUGUGCUGUGUGGGUGGUGGGUGAGUCUUGGAGCACUGAACUCUGCAGGUUACACCCAGAGAUGAGAGGUGCUGAGGUUCAAAAGCCAUGUCAUUAAACCAAUUAAGUAUCCUAGCA